AUGCGAUCCACUUUUUUGGUUCUGCUUGUUGCCGUCUGCACCAGUGUGCUGUUUUGUAAGUUUUGGGGAGACAAUAAACAGUACGUUUGACUACAUAGAACCAGGUCCAAUCAAAUAGGUCUUUCUGGCAUUCAAAAAGGUGAGGACAAGUAGCUGGCAAUCAAGUAAACUUGUCAGCUAGCAUUUCGAGACGGGAAUUAAAUCUACAGGAUCAAUUUUUUCAAUUUAAAAAAAAUGUUACAAUCAAGUCUCCAUUAAAUCUGUUACCACUCCCUUUCUUUUCAGCCGCCGCAGAUCCCGCUGCGCCAGCCGCUAACGCCUCGGCUCCGGCAGCAGCCGCUCCGGCGGCGGCAGCAGCAGCACCGUCCGCAGCAUCAGCGCCGGCCGCUCCCGCCGCUGCCCCAGCAUCCUCGGCUGCACCUCCGGCUGCCGCCGCAGUGACCGCCGGACCAGCUGUAACCAAAGCUAGUAGUGAAACCAAGAAACCCGAAAAGAAGGCUGCAUUUGGAGUUGGAGUACCGUAAGCAGACCAUAUAUAAAAUAACCUAUUCUAUACAAAACAAAUUCUUUCCACUAAAAAAUAGGGUAUAGAAAUGCGAGUGAGAUCUUUUUCAAGUCGCUUCAGCGAAGGUACCUCGGCAAAUCCUUCCAGAAAAUAGCGGAAUCUCUCAUACAUAACCCGGACCUGAUUACUAAAAAAACUAUAUUUUUUAUCUGCUAAAAAAGAUCAUGUUUCAGUUCCGCGAUCGCCCUCCUAACGACCACUGUGUUGGUUCUGCAAUUGUAAGAAGGUGGACACACGAGUAUGGUCGAAUGUAUUUUCUAUUUUAACUCAUAAUCCGCUUUUUUAAUAUUAAAAAUAUCAUGGCUUUAUUUUCAAGUAUCUUAUUUGCUGUAUAAAAUUUAGAUUUUUAUUUCGUAAAUAAAUAGAUCGAAAAUACCCUAUGCAUCGUUGUUAUGGAUCAACUUUCAAAGAUGUUUAAAAAAUCGGAUCAAGGAAGGACUUUAUUUUGAGACAGCUAAAUCUCUGUACAACAAACCGCAAGGGAUCAAAAAUUAAAUUGGUCAAAGACGGUCCUGUAUGAAGUUUUCUUUGGCUUGUAGUUAGAAUUGACUCUUGCGACCGCUGAAAAUUUAUGGGAGUUCGUUCUGCUCAUGAUCUACUACGCUUUCGUACUGAGCACAAUACAAAAUAUACGUUUUGUGCAUAUUUCUGGUCAAGAAAAAAAGUCCAUGUCCUUUAUGAAAGUACUAUGUAUGUAAUCGUAAAAUUACAAAAUAUCCUUACCGGUAGAUCAAUUGAGCAUCCAAUGAUCAUAAAAUAGUAUGUUGUAAAAAUGCAUUGUUUUUCAAUCACAUUACCUUUAUUUUUAUGAAGAAAUAAAUUAUUUCAACAUCAGAACUUUUUUUGCUUUUGUAAAACUGCAGGCCCUCCGGAAAAGAUCACGCAUCCAGAUGUAUCCUGAAUCCAUUCAAACGCACUUUCUUUGUAAAAUAUUUAACUUUUUUCUUCGCAGUCAACAGUGACACAAGAGAAGAAAAUGGAUGCACUUAUUGUAUCCAGGAUGCAUUUGGAAGCAUUUAUUGCCAAGUAUUCCUCUCCAAGGUUUAAUGGCAUGAAAAAAGAAGCCUUCAUACAACAGCGUCAUCCGUAAUAACUAGGACUCAGCUUCCAUUUUCUGUAUAAAGAAUGGUAAAGUAGCUUUAGACUUUUAUUUUCCUUCAUACUUUAAUUUACUGUUUUCCGAGUAUACAUUUUUUUCUACUUCCGACGUAACGGACAAGUGAGAAGAUAAAAAAAAUCUUUAAAAAAAGAUCUCUAUUAUAAUAUUUCUUAUGGAAAAGCUAAAUUUUAUUUGAAGUUUGGUGUAUACAAGUACCAUUCGUAUACUUGUAAAGUUCAGGCCUUGAAAAGUGGGUUACAGUAAUUUUUUAAAUUUUUGAUUAAAAUUUUUUUGAGCUUUCAUCUUUUUCCAGUAUAUUUCUGAUCCAUAAGUUUUUUUGCCAGUGGGAAGCACUCCUAAAUGGGUUACUGUAAUUCAAUACCCCCAUAUUUUUUACGAAUUCCCUCCAAACUUCCUGGGUUUUAGGUUUUCCCCCGAUCCCCUCGACCUUGACCGUGCAUUUUCUCCAUUUUUCCUCGGACUUGCAUUUUCUCAAAUUUUCACAAAAAAUUAUUUCGCUCCCUAAACGAGUGGAGCACCCUGACUCCGCUCCGGAGUCAUUUUGGAAUAUAAAAAACGCGCCCGCGUCACUGGCGUGGACAGACGACGAAAGGAACGGGGGGAAAUAGCGAACACCCGGAGCCGCAAAUUUAGGCGGGAUUUGGAUGACGCGAAAGAGCGGGCGAACCGCGGAGACGCCAGAGAAAGUGAGGCAUCGGAGAGGGAAGACAACUUCUCCGCUUCUCCGGUGCCAACCUACAUUUUUUGAUGUACAACCAAGUUUUGGUAUAAUGCAUUUGAAACGGACCAAGAGUAAUUCUAAGUUUCUUUGUUGUAGAUCACAUUUACUGUGCAAAAAGUUUGUUUUUGUCUAAAGAUCCCGGUCCAAAGUAGAGGAAUGGUACACUGUAGCAUUUUUUGGGACACGAAGAACUCGGUACCAAAAAUAGGACUUGUUUUUCUUAAAAUAAAGUUUCUCGGUGGAUACGGUAGUUUUAAAAAUUUUGCUUAUUUUUGCCAGACUGCCCGAAAUGGAAAAUAUUAUCUUUUUUCCUGGUAUCUGGUGAGGCCUGCCUCAAAGUUUGUCAUCAUUGAUGUAGAAAAAAUCCGAAAAAAUAUAGUGUACUUGAUGACUAAGUUCGAUCGCUACUCUCUAAAAAAUACUUGAUUUAUUUACACCUGAUAUAAAUUUAUCAUAUUUGAAAUAAUAAAUGUAAAUUAUUUCUAUGUUUUUACUCAAUCUUUGACACUAGGUACACGAAUUGCACUAGUUGAAAAUUUUUUAUACCGUAUUCUAUCCAUUCACCACUCCAUUUAUCACUUCUGUCUCUGCUGUCUAUCCGAUUUCUCCAAUAUUUCCUCAAGUACUCGGAAAAACUCGCAAUGACCGAGUUAUUUUCUGACCGAAGUACAGCCAUGACCCUGCUCCACGUCCCUAAUUUCUCUUUUCGUCGCCAAGUGCACUCUGUUCGACGGUCCAGAAAAUCCGUCAUCGCGACUUUGUAAAAUACGGGAAUAUCCUAGGCUGAUUCGGCGAUCCUUCUUUUACAACAUUUUUAACGUGAAAUUGUUGUGUUACAAAAGGUAAUGAACUCUGCUUUUACAUAAACCAAUGAUUUUUGUGAGUCGCGGUGACGGAUUUUCUGGACGUUCCAGAUUUAGCGCUCGCUGUCGAUUUCGGGCGUUGGUUGUCUUUUUUCUGCUUUCCACUGAACGCGUUCUUCUCCAGGAUGUCUAAAUGACCGAAACUUCUGUUACUGUUGCAACACCUGUUGUAAAAUCACCUUCAUUAUAUUCCACUAGACAUUUUUUCUUGAAAAUUUUAUUUUUUGUCAGUAUCAGCAAGAUAGUAUCAAGUAUCUUUCAUGAUGAAAGUCGAGAGAUUAUACAACGUAACAUACUUUGAUUUACCGUUCUGUAUCUACUGACUUAUCAUUUUCCGCCGAUAUUUCCCUAAGGUAUUCUUGAUCCAGUACAACAUUUUUUGAGGCCAAUCGCCCGCCCUUCGUUGUUUUGCUUGCUCUUUGCGAGCUUAUGAAACUAUUUAUCAACGAUUCACUCAACUAUUUUUUUACCGGAAAUUUUAAUUUUUAGUGCACCUUUGCUUUAUCUUGUACAAUAUUUUUUCAGGCUACCCAUGAGCUCCAGGCCUAAGCGUUCGACUCGACAAGCUGCUAACACCUCCACAGUCUCCAAUGGCGACGCUGAACGCGAACUGAGGGAUCGCAAGCCCAAGAAAGCUUCGAAGAAACGGAAGCGAGAUGAAUCUGACGAUGAUUGUAGGUUUUUGCUACUUUAUUGGAUUUUUAGGUCAUAUUAAAAAAGUCCAAAUUCCUUCAAGGUCUCGGAAGAGGUGUACUCGUUAUUUUUUCGGACUUGUAUACCCUAGGUUUGCUGUUUUAUUGUCAAAUGCGUCAAUAGUAAUCUGUUUUGUAGUCGGAAAUCCGGACAGUGAAGAGGAAUUCGAAAAGCUCAUGCAAAGAGCGGAAGAAGAGGAAGAUGAAAGGAUAGCCAAGAAGAAGAAGAGGAAAGAAGAGCGUCAACGGAAGGAAAAUCAUGUCCAAGAAGAGCAUCAAGAUUUCUGCGAGGUUUGUCAACAAGGUGGAGAAGUGAUCCUUUGCGAUGGAUGCCCGAAGGCCUAUCACAAAAUCUGCUUGGAUCCCGAGCUUGACGAGGUGCCAGAGGGCUCGUGGUUUUGUCCCUCUUGUGCUGAGAAUGGUGUUCCGGAAGAGGGAAAGAAAAAGGAAAAGGAUCAGCCACCUGGAAACAUGGAUACUUGUUUGAUCUGCAAGGUAAUUUCUGAGACAUGUUUUAAAUUUAAGCGGUCGCUGUGGGACUAAUCACAAAAAUAGAGAUAUGAAUUUUAAAUUUUUGGCAUCAUUUUUAUCAGUUUCCACCUGAUUCUCAUGGAUUAAUAAAUUCUUUGCAGGAAGGUGGAUUCAUCCUCUGCUGCGACUCCUGCCCCAAUUCUUAUCAUGCUUACUGUACAACGCCUCCAAUGGAAGAGCUCCCCGACGCCAAUGACCCCUGGCAUUGUCCAUAUUGCACUGUCGAAGAGCCACCCCACAAACCGCAUAAAAUCAUAUCUUGGAGGUGGGUCAGUGUCCCAUAUCCUGAUCCGGUCGACCCUGCCGACCUUCCCAAAGACGGCGAACGCCAGGAAGAUAUGGAUGAAGAACGCGUUCAACGCCUUAUGCUUCGGCCACCACGAAAAAUGGAACCUCGAAAAGAAAGGGAGCUGUUUGUGAAGUGGAAGAAUUUAAGUUAUUAUCAUGCCACUUGGGUGCCCGAAUUGCCAUUGCAAGUCCAUCAUCGGACCUUUAUGACGGUGUAUUGGCGUAUGAACGGCGAUAUGGAACCGCCAGAGAAUGAUGAUGGAUCCACGGACGCGGAGACCGGAAACGUUGCUGAUCAAGAAAAGGAAUCGGACGAACACGAUCUGGAAAAGCGGUUCUACAGGUACGGCGUGAAGCCAGAAUGGAUGCAGAUUGCCCGAAUUAUAAAUCAUUAUCAAGCCGGAAGCAGGGCCUUCGAUUAUCUGAUCAAAUGGAGUGACUUGGCUUAUGAUCAAGCCACCUGGGAGGCUGAUGACAUGGACAUUGCUAAUUAUAUGGAGAAGAUAAACAAAUAUUGGACUCAUCGGUGAGUAGGAAUUCUUUUUUCUUGAGUUUGCGAAGAUGCCUUUUGGCGGAAAUUUGGGGAACCUUAUAAAAAAUUCUGUAUGACCAAUGAUGAAGCAAAAAGUUGUAAUGAAAGAUAUCUUACUACUAUAAUGUUAUCGCAAAUUUGUCAUUUGAAAGUAAUGCUAAGCCAAGUGACAUUGCGAUAACUCAGAAUAUAAGGUUUGAAUCGGAGGGUUAGGUCAAAAAAGCAUUGACCUAAACGUUUAAACUUGAACCAACACUUUUUUAGAUUAUUCUUUGCAUUUGUUUAUAUGAUUAUCAAUUAAUUUGAUGUCUGAGGUCAGUAAAAUACGGUAAUUUAAGGGUUGAGUUGUGUCAUGGAGAUUUUUGAACGAAAAUUUGGAGUUUUUUAUAGUGAGAAGAAAUGGUGAUUGUAAUUUGUUUAGAGAAUUGAUGACCAAUGAGAAGAUCCCGAAAUCAGUCCUGAAGAAAAUUGAGGCCUGGCGAGACGAAAAUGGCAUGCCCUCAUGGGAGGAGGAAAAACAAAAGAAAAAGGAGGAAAGAAAGAAGAAAAAUGAUGUAAGUUGAAAGCAAGUUAUGAUAUUAUGUUUAGAUUUUAAUUGGAAACCUAUUUUUGAUUUUUUUUUUUUAAAUUUUGGGAGCGAUUAGUUUUCGUAGUGGGACAAAAAUUACUGUAAAAUCAUUUUGAGGUUUCGGUCGUGACAGAGUGAUAAUUUUGAUUUUGAUGUCCUUCCGUCAUUUGUUUAGGGUCCGACAGUAAAACGCAGUCCUGUCGAACUCAGUACCAUGACGAAAAUCAUAUUCCUGACGCUUUUUAGGAGAAUUUUCCCAUUGAUUUUGAUUCCUUAGGGCUGAAACUUCAAUUUUAUGGAUGAUUCCCAAAGGCAGUGUCGGAUAUUUGAAUAAUUGGAGGGAUUAGAUUUGAAAAGUUUCGAAAAAUGCAAUAGUGUAUGGGUGGAGUUAGUAGAAGGUCUUAAAAUUUCAUUUGAAGUUUUUGGCUUGAUUCUGGGGUGUUUAAUUCCAGAUCAGCAAGAAAUACGAAGAGCAACCCCAAUUCGUGGUGGAUACCGGCGGAAAAUUGCACGAAUAUCAAAUGGAGGGAAUCAACUGGCUUCGGCAUUGCUGGUCCCAAGACAUCAACGCCAUCCUCGCCGACGAAAUGGGUCUCGGAAAGACGGUUCAAGCCCUCACAUUCUUGUACUCGCUAUACAAGGAAGGCCAUUCGGACGGCCCGUUUCUGGUCGCGGCGCCAUUGUCGACCAUCAUUAACUGGGAAAGAGAGGCCGAAUUCUGGGCCCCAGACUUUUAUGUGGUUACGUAUUGCGGACUCAAGGAAGCCAGAGCCGUGAUCAGAGAGCAUGAGAUCACUUUCGAUGAGGUCAAGAACUCAAGCAAGGCUUGCAAAGUGAAGGUGAGGUUUUACAUUUUUUUGAAUUUUUUUGAAGUUUAGGGAAAGAAUGACAGGGAGAUGUUGGAAUGUUAAGGAACUGUUUUUAUGUUUUACCCUUAUUUUUUCAGGGUAAUCUUAAAUUCCACGUCCUUCUCACUUCCUACGAAUGCAUCAAUGUGGACAAAGCGACCCUCGCCUCGAUCAAAUGGGAGGCCCUGGUGGUCGACGAAGCCCACCGUCUCAAAAACAACCAGUCCCUCUUCUUCCGUAACCUCAAAGAAUACGACAUUGCAUACAAAUUGCUGUUGACAGGAACUCCCCUUCAAAACAAUCUGGAGGAAUUGUUCCAUCUCCUCAAUUUCUUGUCCCCAGAUGAGUUCACGAAUGUCGAAGAGUUCACGUCCGAGUUUGCGGACAUUGCCAAGGAAGAUCAGGUUGCGAAGCUGCACUCAAUGCUCGGACCUCACAUGUUGAGAAGAUUGAAAGCGGAUGUGCUGACUGGAAUGCCGUCGAAAUCUGAACUGAUUGUCUGUGUGGACAUGGUACCCCUUCAGAAGUAUGUUUUGGAAUUUUGAAGAAAUUCUGGGGGUUGUUGUUGUAAAAAUUUUUAGUUUCUACUAGGAGAUCCCGUCAUUUGUUUAGGGUCCGACAGUAAAACGCAGUCCUGUCGAACUCAGUACCAUGACGAAAAUCGUAUUCCUGACGCUUUUUAGGAGAAUUUUCCCAUUGAUCUUUACGCUAUCUAGCAAAAAUUUCGAUUUUUUGGAAAGUUCUCAAAGGCAGUGUCGGAUAUUUUUAAAAAAUUAAGUGACGUUUAGGAGGGAGGGGUACUUUAGGAGGGGAGUUUGUGAUUUUGAGAGAAGUCUAUUUUACUUUAUUUUAGACGAUAUUACCGGAAUAUUUUGACGAGGAACUACGACGCCCUCAAUAUCAAAGGCGGCGGUCGAAUGGUCUCAUUGUCCAACAUCUUGAUGGAGCUGAAAAAGUGCUGCAACCAUCCCUAUCUCUUCCCCAAGGCCGAAGAAGAGGCUCCGAAAACAAAAACUGGAGCCUUCGAGGGCGAAGCGAUGAUAAAAGGCUGCGCAAAAUUGGAACUUUUGGCAAAGAUGUUGAAGAAAUUGAAAGCAGGAGGGCACCGAGUAUUGAUCUUUUCACAAAUGACUCGACUGCUUGAUAUUUUGGAGGAGUUCUGCGAACAUUUGGGAUAUCGGUAUGAACGAAUUGAUGGAUCAAUUACGGGACAGAUGAGACAAGAGUCAAUCGAUAGGUUUAAUGGUGAGUGUGGGGGUUUGGGGUGUUUUUAAUUGUUUUUUAAAAGUUGAUGUUGAGAUUUUUUUUUGAAAAAAAUUUUCCCGUGAAGUUUGAUCUUUUUUGAUUUUCAAGGGCCAAUGACGAAAAAACCACGGAAUGAGCAACUUAAAAUUAAUAAACGUGUCAUUUCGAAUUAUCUAAAGCCUUCUUGUUGUAAAUGAAAUAAUAAGGGAGCGUUUUUUGAUGGCACUGAGAUUGAAGGCUCGAAAUUUUUAAAACCUCUGAGAUUCUCAAAAAGCAUUGAUUUCAGUGAAAUUUUCGAGCCGAACAGGAUGUUUAAUAAUUGUUCAUGAUUCCAAAAGGCGAAUCUGAGGCCCUUGAAACACAAAAAAAAAAAAAAAAAAAAAUUUUGAACUGGAGCACGGUUCGGAAUGCAAGAUUGGGGUGGUCGUAAUGUGUUUUUCUUUGUUAAAAUUUUUUUAUGGUUUUUUUUUAAUUAUAGCUGCCGGGUCACUGUAUUUUUUGUAAAAGUGCCCAAAAAAUUAAUCAAGAAUUUAUUUUUAGCCCCAAAUUCGGAGCACUUUGUCUUCCUCCUGUCGACCCGAGCUGGUGGUCUGGGAAUUAACUUGGCCACUGCUGACACUGUCAUCAUCUACGACUCGGAUUGGAACCCCCACAAUGAUAUCCAAGCCUUCAGCAGAGCCCAUCGUCUCGGCCAGAGAAAUCACGUCAUGAUUUAUCGGUUUGUCACAAGGAAUUCCGUCGAGGAAAGAAUCACAACGGUCGCCAAAAAGAAGAUGCUUUUGACUCAUUUGGCCAUCAGAAAUAAUAACAAGCAGACCACAAUGUCCAAGUCAGAGCUUGAUGAUGUCCUAAGAUGGGGAACGGAAGAGCUCUUCAAAGAAGAAGAAGAUCAGAUCCAAAUUGUGUGGGAUGAUGAAGCUGUGGAUGCUCUGUUACAGAGGGCUGAGGAGGCCGACAAAGAAACGGGCGAAAAGAAGGAUUGGGCCAACGAUUAUUUGAGCUCCUUUAAGGUAGGAAUUGGCUAUAUUUGGAGAUUUGGUGUUAAGAGGGGUCAUUUGGAAAUAUUUUACGGAGUUUUUCUCAAUUUUGUUAGCUUUAGGGUUAUUUUAGAGGCUGAUUUUGAGAUAUUGUGCUUUUAAAUUUAUUGGAAAUUAGAUUUUUACCCUUGCAUUUAAAUGCCAAGUCUUUUAUUAGGUUGGACGGAAAGUCUUUGCCUUUUUUUCUGCUGCUAUUUUUCCUUGCACUGAUGGACAAAGGCAAACACUAACAUACGACGUUGGUAGGGGGUAGGCAUCCCUAUCUCACAGCACAACCUUCAGCCAUCUUAAGCAUGUACAAACUGAGAACUUAAUUUAGACAUUUACCCAUCUUUGGUCAACAAGUAGAAAUCUUUGGCUGGUUUGUUUAACAAAGCCUUCUAGAAAACUGUUUUAGCACUGUUAAAAAGACUUCCUUUGAAGCUCUUAACAUGUGCAAACCCGGCGGGGAUUAAAUCAAAACCGAACCAGAAAACGUGGUUUUUAUGAGACCAAGCAAGUUUGAAUAUAAUUGCAGCCACCGCUUUGCCGAUGCAUUCCUAUGGGUUUAACUAUGAUAUGCCAAAAAUAAAGACACUCACUUACACUCAGCUACCCGUCAUUAGACAAUUGUUUUACUGCGUGACGUGACAGAACUCAAUUAUUUGUUUUUCAAAAAGUCGCUGGUGAACUAUUGGAUCAACCCGUAAAAUUGAAAAAGCGUUGAUAUCAGCUUUCCAAUCCUCCCUUUCUAGGGUGGAAAAUAGAGCCUCUGUAUCGUUCUACUACUGCAUGAAACAAUGGGUAACCAUUGUUAACUGUCAGCAAAUCACACGCGUUUCUCUAGGGCUAUAUAUUUUUGGCAAUUUUGUCUUUUUACGGAUAACUCGAGGCGCCUAUGACCCGGUUUACCCAUGUAGCACGUAAAAGGCUACCCAUGUUGUUCACUGAACUCUGUUAUAUAGACAGACCAUCAGCAAUGCGCGGAGUAAUAAGAAAACUUUUUUAAGCGGGGCGUUUGCUGAGGAUUUGGUUGAAAGAGUAGCUAUUAUUUUAUCCGAUAGGUUUUUUUAACAUUUACAAUUGUGUUUGCCGUAGUCGGAAAGACCACUGGACAUAGCCCACAAAGUUUCAUAGUCUCAUCAAAAGCGAUUUGGAAACUAGAGCUUGCGUUCUGGACCCCACCCGAAAUUGCCGCAAAGCGGAAAACCUCAUAUACUUACGCUCGUUUUGGCGGAGCACACGAAUGGCACAUAUCACAUAAAUCUGCACAUUGUACUCUUGUAUAUACUAGGUAUUUACGGUUGAAACUCAUUCUUGGCGCGAAAAAAAUAAAUUUCAAAAUUAUAUAAAAAAUGGCAAAGACUUUCCGUCCAACCUAAUAACUUCGUAUUUCACUUUCAGGUCGCCCAAUACGUCACCAAGGAGAAGGACGAAAAGGAUAUCACCGAAGAAGAGGUCAAAGAACUUAUUGAAGAAAAGCCACAAGCCGAAGACCCCGAUUAUUGGGAGCGCCUUCUCCGCCACCAUCAUGAAAAUGAAGUCGAGCAGCAAGCAGCUCAACUCGGGAAGGGCAAAAGAGUCAGAAGACAGGUCAACUAUGCCGCCGAUCACAUGGACUACAGAGGAAAGAAGGACCAAGAAAAUGAUGAUGAUUAUAAUGCCUCCUCCGAUGAGGAGGGCACUGGAGAAAGCGGACAUGGUAAGGAUUUGGUCGAAGGUUUUGAAUCCAAUUUGAAUUUGUGAAAGAGAAAUUGGAAAAAUUUAUUGUAAUACGCAAAAAGUUUUCGAAUUUUCUUUGAUCUUGACUAGCAAUUUUAUUUUUCUAAAUCUUCAAAUUUCAGCCACUGGCGAGGAAGACGAAGGUGGAGAACGCGGUGAACGUCGACGAAAGAAGGAACGCGAAGAGAAACUUCCUCCUCUUCUGACCAGGAAUCAAGGCCAAAUCGAAGUUUUGGGCUUCAAUCCGCGCCAAAGAAAGGCCUUCUUCAACGCGGUGAUGCGCUAUGGAAUGCCCCCUCCGGACGCGUAUCACUCCCAAUGGCUGGUGAAAGACUUGAAAUGCAAGUCCGAGAAAGCGUUCAAAGCCUACGCCUCGCUGUUCAUGAGGCAUCUCUGCGAGCCCGGAUCGGAUCAUAUCGACCAUUUCAACGACGGUGUGCCAAGAGAAGGCCUAAAUCGGCAACAUGUACUCACCAGAAUCGGAAUUAUGAGUUUGAUCAGGAAGAAAGUGCAGGUAAGGAAAUUUUCUUGCGGGGAAAUGAUGGGAGAGAUAUUUUUAAGGGAUUUUUUUGGUCCAAUGCACAGAUUAGAAUACUUGAUACAAAAGAAAAUUGAGAGAUUGAGUAGUGCUUCCGGACCUAAAAUAAUUUCCACUUUAUGUCGCAGUUUCGGUGAUAUUGAAAAAUCGAAAAGGCUUUGGAGGGUGGAGACAAGGUUUUCAGCAAGUUUUAAACCUUUUGGGAGAAUGCUUGGAAACGGCAAAAGUUUUGCAGGUUUUCGUGGUGGGAAUCGAAAAUAAAAAAUAGAGGUUUUUAGGGGUUUCUUUGGAGGUUGAAUCAGCAUGGCAAGGGUAUCCAAAGUUUUCAUGAUGGUCCUCAAAAUUUUUCAAGUUGAAAAGUAAUAAUCAUGAUGAAUUUCCAGGAGUUCCAAGAAGUGAACGGAGUGUGGUCCGUCUCCGAAGAGUCCGACAAACAGCUAGCCGACUGCUUGGUUACACUGGGCCUGAGGGAAAGCGAAGAAAAAGAGGAACCCGAAAAAGAUGGAUCGCAAGAACCACAAGAAACCGAAAAAGAAGAAAAAGAAAAGGAAGAAAAUGAUGAAAAGGAGGAGAAGGAAGCCUCGGAAAAGCCGGAAGAUAAGCCAGAAGAGGAAAUGGACACAGAAAAUAAUGAAAACAAACCGGAAGAGAUAAAAGACGAUGAGAACAAAGCGGAAAUUAUCGAAAAUGGUGCCAGAAAGCGAGGAGUGGCCACAUUCAAGUUUAACAUUUGCGAUGGAGGCUUUACUGAGCUCCACACUAUCUGGAAAAACGAAGAGGACGCCUUGAAAAAGGAAGAGAAGGAUUAUGAGAUCUGGAAUCGCCGCCAUGAUUAUUGGCUUCUGGCUGGAUUUGCAACGUAAGUUGAGAUUUUUUUGUUUUCAAGGAAAGAAUAUUAGUAUGAGUUUAUAAGGUGAGCAAUUUGAAAUUUUAGUUUUUUCUUUCGUUUUUAAUAAAAGGUGGUCUAAAAAUAAAAGAAAAGUGAGAUGGAGUUUCAUCAAUAUUUAUGUAUUUAUUGGUAAAUUUUUUUUGUUUCAGCCACGGUUAUGGCCGCUACAACGAUGUGAUUAACGACGUGAGGUUCAGUCUGUUGAAUGAAGCCUUCAAAAACGAAAAAGACCGCCCCGGAUUUAACGACAUGCGUCUGCGGUUCAUGCAACGAAGAUUCAAACUCCUCGAGCAAUCGUUGAUCGUCGAAGAACAACUCCGAAGAGCCGCGAACAUUUCUUAUGGCCAGAAACCCCCAAAAGAAGAGAAAAAGGAGGAAAAGGAAGAGGUUCAGGAGAACGGAGAAAAAUCGGAAGCCGAGAAAACGGCCGAAGCCCUGGAGAAAAAGUACAUACAGAUCACGAGCCUGGUUGACGCGAAUCAAGCGCUGGCCAAGGAAGCUUUUGCUGGAAAUAAAAAUGCGGCAGCGGUUUUGCAUAAAGUUCUGAGCCAACUGGAGGAUAUCUUGAAUGAUAUGAAAGCAGAUGUCAGCAGAUUGCCGGCUUCUGUGGCACAGCUUCCGUCGGUAGCGGAGAGACUGGAGUUGAGUGAAAGAACGUAAGGAAUUUUUGUUUUUUUUCAUUUUGAAGAAGAGACUUUUGGGUUUAUCGACAGGUGUAAAAAUUGACGUAUUUCAGAAUCCUGAACCGCCUCACCACCCGUGACUCCCAAGCCUUCGCCGGCAAAUCCCCCAUCCCCCCUCCCGGCCCAUUCGCCACUCCCGUACAAAACACCCGAUUCCACGGAAUUCAGCCCAAAUUCGCGGCGCUGGUCUCGGCAAAACCGGCCCGAACCCCCACUUAUGGCCAACCAACAGUAAUCUCGGUGGAUGACAAAAGUAACAAAAAGGAUGAAGCAAGCCCCGCCCCCUCGAAUGGAGUCCCACCAAAGUCGGAAAACAGCGAAAAUGGAACGCCGGCACCGGAGAAAAAAGAGGAACGGGAAGAAAAUGAGGAGUCGAGCCAAGAACCGAGCCAGGAGAGAAGCCUCGAAAGCAGCCAGGAAAGGUCCGUAGAACCAGCGGAAAAGAAUGGAGAGGAAGAAAAGGAGGCCAAGCCGGAGAAAGAAGAGAAUUCGGCGGAAGAAGAAGUGGUCAUGGAAGAGUAG